AUGCUUAACAACAGCAAUGGCCAACAAAGAGCACACAAAGAACAGUCAAUCCAAGAAGCACCACAGAAACUUCGUAACAUUCUUGAAAAUUUUCACUUAGUCACAGUCAUUAUUGCAACUCAGCACUACAAAAAUGGUAACAAUGAGGAAGAGCUUGACCCUGACGUUCUGAUCAUCGACAGCCUUGGUCUGAAGAAAUUAUUUGGAAGUUAUUUUGCAUCUAGAGCUGCAUACUUGCUUGGUUAUCAGGUUAACCCCAAUCUUUCAAUGGCAGAACACCUGCAAUGCCUCAUGAAAGGCAUUG